AAUCGAAUCGCUUGUCACUAGCAAAAGGCUCGGAGUUUUAGAGAGCAGCCUCCAGUGGUAAUGGACAACUUGGAGUUGAGAGUUCGCUAACGGGAGUUAUCUUUCAGCUCAUCUGCAAUGCGCUUGCUCUUCUACCCGGUCUAACGACUCCAGACACUUAAAACACCGACAAAUAUCACCGGUUCUUCGGCUCAUCACAUCGCGCGCGCUUGUCCGCUGGGCUACGAGUCGACUCUUCAGCAAGCGAGGAUCGGGAGGCUCACUGUGAACCUGCAGAGUCUCCAGCGAUUUCUUUGAGAGUUUUGUUUUUUGUUUUUUGCAUUAUUUUGGCAGCACUAAAGUGGAUCUGCAUGAAGACACCAUGAGGAGCAGCAGGAGAAUGGACAUGACUGUAACACUGCUGCUCGUGACGCUUGCAGGCUGGACAGUGGGCUCAUCUCUGUAUGUCGCAGAUGGACGAUCACCUCGUCUGGCUCUGGAGAAGAGCUUGAGCUGGCCGCCCAAAGACACACAGUGCCAGAACAUGCUAAAGCGUCUCCAUAAUGGCGCUCGUGUUACCGUGCAGAUGCCCCCCAACAUAGAGGGCCACUGGGUGUCCACCAGCUGUGAGGUGCGUCCUGGCCCGGAGUUUAUCACCCGCCUUUACCACUUCCAGCACAACUACACAUUUCAGGCCCACCAGUUCUACUACGCUGACAACCACUGCACAGUUCCCACCUACACGCUGGUGAUCCAGGGCCGUGUGCACAUGAGACAGGCCUCGUGGGUCAUUCGCGGUGGUACAGAGGCUGAUUACCACAUCCACCGUAUUCAGGUGGUAUGCCACUGUACAGGCAUGGCCAAGGAGCUGAGCAGGCGUAUGGCACAGAGCUGCGAGGAAACCAAAGGUGCCACCUUGGAGCUGAACAAAAGUUAUGAGCUGUGUAGUGAAGAAGGAAGCUGCAACUGCACUCGGGACAUGAACUUCACCAUGCAUGAGCUGGAGCUGCUGCGGGUCGAGAAGCAAUACGUGAACAGGAACAUGGAGCAGCCUGUGGAGGAACUCUUUCUAGGUGAUAUCGAUACUGAACCACACCAGAGGAUAAGCCACAGGCCCUCAAGCUAUCAGCCACCGCUGCAGAACGUCAAGAGUCAUGAGCAGAACUGCAUCGCAUGUAGGAUCAUCUCACGUUCAGACGAGUUCCACCCUCCGAUCCUGCCGCCACGGCCUGAGCUCGCCAUAGACCUUCAUGGCCAGUGGGUUUCCCAGCGGUGCGAAGUUCGCCCGGACGCACUCUUCCUCACAAGACAUUUCUUCUUCCAUGAUAACAACAACACAUGGGAGGGUCACUACUACCACUACUCAGAUCCCAUCUGCAAGCACCCAACUUUCAGCAUCUUUGCCAGGGGGAGGUACAGCCAUGGCGUGCGCUCAACAAAGGUCAUGGGUGGAACUGAGUUUGUCUUUAAGGUGACUCACAUGCGGGUGGUACCAAUGGACCCUGGCACUACAUCUCUCCUGAACAUCUUUGAUGGGAAUGACUGUGGUGCUCAAGGCUCGUGGCAGAUUGGAGUGGAGCAGGACGUGACACACACCAAUGGCUGCAUGGCGCUGGGGAUCCGCCUCCCACACACCGAGUACGAGCUCUUUCGCAUGGAGCAGGACGCUCACAGCCGCUACCUGCUCUACAACGGCCAGCGCCCCAGCGACGGCUCCAGUCCUAGUCGGCCUGGCAAACGGGCCACCUCCUACCAGACGCCUCUGGUGCAGUGCUCAGCCAACAGCCAGAAGUCAGAGGUCAAUCUUGGUCACCAUACAAAACAGCAGCAAAAGUUGAAUAACAGCUGUUACCCAGCUCACCAAAGCUACUUGAUGGAAACUGUGGUCCUUGUGGGAUUAAACAUGCUGAUUAUGUACUUCUUUGGUUGAAAGGACAACCCCAGAAGCUGAACUGAUAUUUCUGUACAUCUUUUGUACAUAUUGACACAAGGAGGACCAGAGAUAUCAAAGAACGCACUCUGGUCAUCUGGGAACAAGUUUACUUGACGCACUUGGGGCAUUCUGCUCACUUUUCUGGUUUCUGGUCUACAAUGGAGAUGGAGAAGCAUGUAGAGAGGCAGAAUGUCAUUUGUCUGUCUCUGUACUGAACAGACUGCAAAGAACUGAAAUUGCUGCACCACAGUAACUGCACUUUAAAAAAAUCAAGCAUGACUGGCAACUUGUACGGUUCUAAAAAAAAAAUGUUAUCAGCUUCAUCAAAGAGGGUUUCCUGUUUAUUUUCUCAACCUUUACUGUAUGCUAACAGAGAUAUUUUUCUAUGGUAUGAUGAGUGUGUGUGUGUGCAAGUGCAUUUGAAAUGACAAAAUGAACCAAUUCAGGGUUGUGUAGCUUGAAAGGGAACAGCAGCAUACCAUAUUGUCGGUGAUGAACUCUUGCAGGACAGUAAAAAAUUAACGUUUAUUUUUCAUCCAUGAAACAGGAAAGCGAAAAAAUGUUGUCCAUGUUUAGUUUGGAGUAGAGUUGGAACUGGGCGGCAGACAAGUGCCAGUUCUGAUUUCCUGAUGGUUCUUGAUGUCUGCUUGCGUGCUCUAAGCUAUCAUUUUUGCAUACUGUAUUGGGUUAUGGCAUGAAGAAUAUUCCAAGCAAUUGUGGCUUCGGGAUGUUCCACCAAAAACUGACAUUCUUCACUGCAGUUUGAUCCAGAACUGGAUCGGAAAUGAAACGGCGAUAUUAAUUUCCCCCACUGGUAUAAAUUGUGUUUGCUGAAAAAGCAAGCAGAGUUGAAUAUGAUACUGUUUGUGACAGAGGUUAUGAGGCAUUAUAGAUUUUUUUGAUACAGAGUACUAUAUUGUCACUAAAGCCUAUGUAGAUCCACAGCUGAACUACAUGCAUCAUUACCUGCAAGUGCCUUAAAAAGACAGACAGUGUCCUAAUAACUGGAUUGUAAGAGUAGUAAUAAAAUAUUUGAAUGGA